UUAAAAAGCCACAUGACAUUUGUAAUUAGUCACACAUUUUAAUUUCAGAAUAACUAAAAUCCACCCAAUUUUUAAAAUCCAAACCCAUUGACCCGUUUUAAAGUAAAUGAUACAAUCAGCAGGCCGAGUUUGGGAAGCCAUGGGGAAAUGUUGGUUCAAAUAAUGAGCGAACUAGAGCAGUUGGUGGACAGAAUGGUGUUCGAAAGCUUCGGAGUACCAGAAAAGCACUAUGAAUCACAUAUAGCAACCACUACAUACCUCCUCCGCCCUACCAAGUACAUAGCACCACCAUCAGCGACGGCACACAGCACCAACAAUGUCGGCGCCAAUAUACACACAGAUAAGAGCUUCUCUUUCAGAAUCAGGUUUUGGAUGAGGGAACUGGGUAAUCCAGUGGUCCGCCACACGUUUAGAGAAGCCAACUCAAUUGCACAUCUUUUGGGACAAGAAGGAAUGAAGAAAGCAACACCUAAUCAGCUUGUUGUUUUGCCCACUCUAUAUCAACCUUUGGCGUAUAAUAUAUUACUAGAUAAACAAGGACGCUGUACUAGUGAAAAGUGUCUUGUAAUGCUUGUAAUGUUCUAGCUAAGUUAGG